AUGACGGAGCGGGCCCACGAGAAAGAGGUCCUCGGCGACGAUGGCCACUCGGCCUCACUCACCGACAAGGCUUCGUCGACGGCCGACGAUGUUUCGCACACCAAACUGGAGCCGAUCAAGAUCACACCCAGCCGGAGGAGUCGCCGAUCGCGCCGAAGCCACCGGUCUCGGUCCCGAUCAGCGCAUUCCGAUGAUUCGGAUCCAUUCGAGGCCUUGGCACGGGCACUCACCCCUGACAUCGAGACGGAAGCUGAACACGCCGCCCGUGAGCCCAUCUCCCACAUCAGGACCGGCACUAGUGUCGGCAGCACUGCCUCUCGCAAUCCCGGAUUCGAAGUCUUCUUCGACCCUGACGAUCCCGAGAACCCCAAGAACUGGCCGAUCUGGUACCAGGGCUGGACCAUGCUGGUUGUUUCGUACUCGACCUGGGUCUGCGUCCUGUACAGCACGAGUUACACCUCGUCGACGCGAGGUCUGAUGGAGGAGUACCAUGUCAACAACCCUACCAUUGUCACUCUCGGCGUGACCACCUACCUGCUCGGCCUUGCCGUCGGUAGCCCCAUCAUCGCGCCCAUGAGCGAGCUGUAUGGUCGCCGCCCCGUCUACCUGGUCUGCAUGUUUCUCUUCACCGUGCUGGUCCUUCCGUGCGCUAUGGCGACAUCUCUUGCAGAGAUUCUGGUCGUGCGCUUCAUAGGUGCAUUCUUCGCAUCGGCCUUGAUCGCCAACAGUCCGGGCACGGUCGUCGACAUUGCGGACGACGACUAUCGUGCUCUGUACAUGUCUCUCUGGUCCAUCGCCCCGUUGAAUGGACCAACGACAGGAACAGGUCCUCUUAUCGGCGGAUUCGUCUUCCAGUACCUCGGAUGGCGCUGGGACAAUUGGCUCGUGAUGAUCAUGGCGGGAGUGUCGUGCAUCUUGCUCCUCACCGUCAAGGAGACGUAUGCGCCGAAGAUUCUGCAGAGGAAGGCCGCGCGGAGACGCAAGGAGACCGACGAUGACCGGUGGUGGUGUCGCUACGACCAAAAGAUCUCCACGAAGCACCUGCUCAAGCUCAACCUCAGUCGCCCCUUCGUCUUGGCCUUUACUGAGCCCAUCCUGUGGUGCUUCAACAUCUGGAUCUCCAUCAUCUAUGGCAUCCUCUACCUCUGCUUCGUCGCCUACCCCAUCAUCUUCACCCAGCACCGCGGCUGGGGCCCGGGCACGACGGGCCUGUCCUUUGUCGGCAUCGGCGUCGGCACCCUGCUCGUCAUCGCGGCGGAGCCCCUCUGCCGGCGCAUGAUCAACUCGCACGCCAAGGACCCGGAGACGGGCCGCGCCGUGCCCGAGGCCACGGCCAGCGUCAUCUGCGUCGGCGCCGUCCUCACGCCCGUGGGGCAGCUCGUCUUCGCCUGGACCAGCCUGCCCACGAGCAUCCACUGGGCCGUCCCCAUCGCCUUCGGCAUCCCCUUCGGCGCCGGCAACACCCUCGCCUUCAUCUACGCGAGCAACUACCUCGCCGGCGCCUACGGCGUCUACGCCGCCUCGGCCCUCGCCAGCAACGCCGUCAUGCGCUCCGUCUUCGGCGCCGUCCUGCCCCUCGCGGGUCCGGCCAUGUACGAGCGCCUCACGCCGCAGUGGGCCGGCACGCUGCUGGGCCUGCUCGAGGUGCUGCUCAUCCCCAUCCCCUUCGCCUUCUACCGCUACGGCGCGCGCAUCCGCGCCCGCAGCCCAGUCAUCCGCCAGAUGCGCGAGGACCAGCUCAAGAACGAGAGCAGGCGGGCGAGGCACCAGGCCAGGAUGGAGCGCAGGGCGGCGAGGGAGGCCGAGGAGGCGGAGCAGCGGCGGCGGGCGGAGGCGGGGAUCCUGGGCGAGGAGGAUGAGGAGGAGGGGGAGGAGCAGAUGGGCAUCCCGGAUGCGGAACGAGAUGUGGAGAAGGAGGCGGGCAAGUCGGCGCCGCCGUUGCAGUCCGCGGCGGCAGCCAAGGAGGAGACUGCUGCGUGA